UGACCACUAGUUUACAGGGUUUAUUGUAAUUUUGCUUCAUUUCACUCCAAAACUGUGAGAAUAAACUGGGACUUGUUUGGGUUUCAACAAGUUCCUGUGUGUGAACAUGGUGACAGUCGGCAUGUUGCUGAUUGUCCUCUUUGUUCCAGCUGCUUUGGCUGAUUGUCCUGAUGAUGCAGCACUCUUCAUAACUGCACCAAAGAAGCUGGAAGCACUGAGUGGAUCUUGUUUGCAAAUCCCAUGUAGCUUCAGACCCAAAGAAGAACAGAAAUUUAACAGCACAAGAAAAACCUUUGGAGUGUGGAUUAAAAAUGAUUCUAGAUUUGGCAAAAAUCCAAACAAUGUGAUCUUCAACAGUAGUGGAGCAGUUAGCAUCUAUCCAAUGAGUAUUACUGGGGACCUGAGUCAGAGAGACUGCACCACUCUGUUUUCUAAUUUAACCACGAACUACACAGACACAUACUUCUUCAGAGUAGAGAGUGAAACAUUCAAGGUGACAGCUCGUUGUGAUCAUCUUCAAAUAACAGUCAGAGAUUCUCCUUGGAGGCCCAAUAUUACAAUCCCAGGUGAUCUGAAGGAGAAGGAGUCUGUCACUAUAACCUGCUCAGCUCUCACUCCCUGUCCACACUCCCCUCCUCAACUCACCUGGAAUCUCACACAAGACUCUCACAACAAAAUAGAGGAAAACACAGAUGGAAGCUUUACAACUAAAAUCCAGCAGACCAUCACUCUGUCAGACACACAUGAUGGAAAGAAGAUCAGCUGCUCUGCCAGAUAUCCUGUGAACCAAGGAAAAGACACCAAGACAGCAGAGACAGAAGAGACUCUCAGUGUUUCAUAUGCUCCUAAAGACACCUCAGCAUCCAUCAGUCCAUCAGGUUUGGUGUCAGCAGGCAGCUGGGUGAAGCUGACCUGCUCCAGCAGAGCCAAACCUCCAGUCAGCAGCUUCACCUGGUUCAAGAAGAGCAGAGAUGGAGCUGUGAAAGUAUCUGAAGGAGAGAUUUACAGCUUCAAUGUAACAGAUGGAGGAGUUUAUUACUGUGUGGCCACUAAUGAUCUGGGUAAUCAGACAUCAGCAGAGAUUCGUGUGACUGAAGGUGGAAACCUGGUUGGUGUCUACACUAUAGUGAAGACUGUGGGAAUCAUAAUGCUCAUGAGCACACUGAUGGUUUUUGUGUGGUGAGACAAAUGUUUCAGU